UAUGCGACGAGGCGCGGUCAGGACCCAUGAACAUGGGGUCGAAAAAGAAUCGUCGUAGCCGAUCGCGUACCCGCUCCCGAGAAAGAGUUCGCAGUAGAGGCAGGAAUGUAAGGUCGAGGUCGCCCGAGCAGAGACGCGGACGGAAUCGCUCUCCGGUAAAAGCUUCUCGCAAACAAGACCGCUCUGACAGUGGCGGAUCCAGGAGCAGCGGGGAUUCCGCAGGCCGCAGUCGACACAGAGGCAGAGAAUCAAGCGACUCUGAGCGCGAUCACAGAGGCAGAAGAGCACGAUCACACGGCAGAUCUAAAGACAAAGACAGCUCUCAGGAUGAUAACCACAAUGACCAGAAAAAACACCUGAAGAAGAAGAAACACAGGGAUGAGAAGAGUAGAAGCUCCUCACGCUCCAGCACAGGAUCCAGCGUAGAACGUAACGAAGUGAGAGAUGGGAGGAGCAGCGAAAGAGAGAAGAGGAGACAACAGAGCCGGAGCCCCAGCCGGGAGAGAUGGAGGGAGGAGAGGAGGAGUAGAGAGAGAGGGAGAGGCGAAGAGAGGGAGCGAGACCAAAGGGACAGCAGUCGAGACAGGCGGCGUAGACACUCUGAAUGGGUCUCCUCGAGUGCCUCCAGCUCUUCGGCUGACUCUGAUCAAGGAGGGGAGACAUCACAGGGUCAAUCCUCUGUCAAAGAAGACCAAAAGAAACAGAAGGAGAUGAUGAAAGCCUUGGAGACUCCAGAGGAAAAGAGAUCCAGACGUCUGGCCAAGAAAGAGACCAAAGAGAGGAAGAAGAGAGAGAAGAUGGGCUGGAGUGAAGAAUACAUGGGGUACACCAACGCAGACAAUCCAUUUGGAGAUAACAACCUGCUCGGCACGUUUAAGUGGCAGAAGGCUUUGGAGAAGAAAGGAAUCGGGCACUUGUCAGAAAAAAACUUGAAGGAGAGAAAUAAACACAUCCAGGAGGAGAAUCGUAGAGAACUGCAAAAGGUGAAGCAGUUGCGUCUGGAGCGAGAGCGUGAGAAAUCCAUGCGUGAGCAGGAGCUGGAGAUGCUGCAGAGAGAGAAAGAGGCUGAACAUUUCAAAACAUGGGCGGAGCAAGAGGACAACUUUCAUCUGCACCAGGCCAAACUGAGGUCUAAAAUCCGUAUCCGUGAUGGCCGAGCGAAGCCCAUUGACCUGCUGGCUAAAUACAUCAGUGCUGAAGAUGAUGAUCUGUCAGUGGAGAUGCAUGAACCGUACACGUUCCUCAACGGACUCACCGUCACAGACAUGGAUGACCUGCUGGAGGACAUCAAGGUCUAUAUGGAGCUGGAACAAGGGAAGAAUGUGGAUUUCUGGAGGGAUAUGACCACCAUUACAGAGGACGAAAUCUGCAAACUACGUAAACUGGAGGCUUCAGGGAAAGGACCAGGUGACCGUCGUGAGGGUAUAAACACCUCGGUCAGUACCGAUGUGCAGAGUGUGUUUAAAGGGAAGACGUACAGUCAGCUUCAAGCUCUUUAUAUGAACAUAGAGAAUAAAAUCCAGGCCGGAGGCUCCAAUCUGGACAUCGGCUACUGGGAGAGUCUCCUGCAGCAGGUUCGAGUCUACAUGGCACGAGCCAGGCUGAGAGAGCGUCAUCAGGAUGUAUUGAGGCAGAAGCUGUAUAAACUGAAGCAGGAACAGGGUGUGGAAAGUGAACCGCUCUUCCCCAUCAUCAAAGAAGAGCCAGAGAAUGAGCGGCCAGUGAGACCAGGAGGGGCGGAGUCUGAAGAUGAGGUGGCAGGCAGCUCUCAACAAGGGGCCAAUCGGACAACAAAAGAUGGAGAGGGGGCGGAGAAAGGGGAAGGGAGAAGAACAAAGAUGGAUGGAGAAGAGGGCAAGCGGUCUGGAAGGAGCAGUCCGAAAGGAGAGGGGGAUGGAGAGGAGGGACAGAAAGAUGACGCUUCAGAGGCUGUAUUGACAGAAGAGGAUCUGAUCCAGCAAAGUCAGGCGGAGUACGACUCGGGCCGGUACAGUCCAACGCUCCUCCAGCCCUCUGAGUUACCGCUGGACACACACCUCAUUGAUGUAGAAGAAGACCUGCAGAGACUCCAGCUGGCCCGCAGACAGCUGCAGGUGACAGGUGAUGCAAAUGAAAGUGCGGAGGAUGCGUUUGUGCGUCGCGCUAAAGAGGGUAUGGGCAACGACGAAGCCCAGUUCAGCGUGGAAAUGCCUUUGACAGGAAAAAUGUACCUGUGGGCCGAUAAAUAUCGUCCACGCAAACCUCGCUUCUUUAAUCGCGUUCACACCGGCUUCGAAUGGAACAAAUACAACCAGACGCAUUACGACUUUGACAACCCGCCACCCAAAAUCGUCCAGGGAUACAAGUUCAACAUCUUCUACCCCGAUCUCAUUGACAAACGUUCCACACCGCAGUACUUCCUGGAGCCUUCCUCUGACAACAAGGACUUUGGGAUUCUGUGUUUCCACGCCGGACCACCGUAUGAGGACAUUGCCUUUAAGAUUGUAAACCGAGAAUGGGAGUAUUCCCAUCGCCAUGGAUUCCGCUGCCAGUUCGCCAAUGGAAUUUUUCAGCUGUGGUUCCACUUUAAGAGAUAUCGCUACAGGCGUUAAAGACAAAUGUGCCGUUUCUGUUGCUGUCUUUGUGUGUUAAAGGGAUGGCUCAGUUUCCACAUUUGGAUGAACUAUCCCUUUAAGUAAUUACUGGUAAAUAGUUUGGUUCUGUUACGCUCAUUAAAUGGAUUUUAUAGCAUUCAAUGUGUGAUGCACAGUGAAUAUCCAUCUUUUUGCUGUGUAAUGUAAUUGUUCCAGAGUUUCUAUGCCUGAAUAUUUGUGUUUCCAUGGCACACACACACACACACACACACACACACACACACACACACACACACACACACACAUCCCCGUUAGUGGAAGAACAGGUUUUCAAUGGGACAGACCUGUAUUUUCAAGGUUAAAGACAUUUUCCAUUUCGCAGGCACUUGGCUAGUGCAUUUGAUUCCUUUUUAAAGAACUUGUUUUAGUUUCUUUUCAUCUUUCUUGAAAAAUAAAAUUAUUUUAAAUGUUUUUGAGAUGAUACAUUAAAGGUGAUUUGUUUUCAAAUUUGUAGCUGUGGUUCGCAUGGAAUUCCUUUUUGUGCUCUUUUGAAGAUUUCUUACAUCAAGUCAAUUUAGACAAUGUUUUUUCUUGGUAAAAGACAUUUAACAACAAAACACACAACAACAAAGUACAUCAAAGACAGUAUGGAACCUAGUCAGGGUCAACACAAUAUUUAAUUGGACAUGAUAGAUUUGAAGUGAUAGAUGUAUAGUAUGUUCAAUAGGUUUAACUGUUAUAUAUCUUGAUUGUUUAGCCAAUGCAAUGUUAAAACGAAACUGGAAAACAUGGGUUGUCGUAAUUAGACAGGACAUACUAUAGGAACUAAAUAUUCACAAACAUACUUAUUUACACACGUGUAUAUACAUUUCCUCUGUCUUUAGUCAUUUCUGUACAACGAGUCUGCAAAGCCAUUAUUUUGAAUGAGUUUUUUUCAUAUACUGUAUACACCAGGUAUAUUAGUUUUGUGUAAUCUAUUUCCGCUAAUCCUGCCCCAAGCGGCACAUAAAAACAAAGCAAGAACUGUAGUUGUUUGCUUUACCUCUUAGUCAGACGGUCUCUGUCUAAAGGCUAUUUUAUACUUAAUUGGUGAACGGGGGUUAUUUUAGUUCACCUAAAUUGUUCAUUAAAUGCACUGACAUUAUUGUUUUGCUAAGGUGUUCAAUUAGGGAUAUUUCUCCUGUUCACGUACAUCCUCGAAAUUCUUAGAACUUCGUCGAAGAGUUUUGAUGAUUAGUUAAACUAAUCGUGGGUGUACUUUGGACAUGCCAUUCUUAAUGAUAAAAAUGGAUAACUUUGAAGCCCGUCUCUCCGAGUUCACUCUCAGCAAACUCAUUUUAAAACAAUGCCAUGCGUAGUAUAAACACAGGCUUCAUUCUCCCAGGCUGCUUUAUUCGCACAGCGGAAACAAAGUAUAGGCUUAAGAUAAGUUGGUGGUUCUUAACCAGAAUAACUGGCCAAAAUGUAAUUGAAAAUAUUCA